ACAGCCGGCGGGAUGCUCAGGGUGCCCGAGCAGCGGCCCGGGGAGGCGGAGGCGGCCGGCAGCAGCCCCGGGGCCGCGCCACCGCCCCAGCCCAAGCCGCUCACCUCCUUCCUCAUCCAGGACAUCCUGCGCGACCCGCGGCCCCCUCGCCAGCCGGAUCCCAGGCGCCACCCAGAGCCGGAGUCCGGAGAAGGAGGAGGCCGCGCCGGGACGCCAAGGGACGAGCCGAGCUCCGGGCCCUGCGCCGCGCCCGGGGAGGCCGACAUGCCGGCCGAGACCGAGCCAGACAGGCACUUUGGGACUUAUCUGUUGGACUGUGAAGACGCUCCAGGCGCCUUACCAAGCCUUCCCCAGACCCCCAAGCAGCCGCAGAAGCGCUCCCGAGCCGCCUUCUCCCACACUCAGGUCAUCGAGUUAGAGAGGAAGUUCAGCCAUCAGAAGUACCUGUCAGCCCCCGAAAGGGCUCACCUGGCCAAGAACCUCAAGCUCACUGAGACCCAAGUGAAAAUAUGGUUCCAAAAUAGACGCUAUAAGACCAAGCGAAAGCAGCUCACCUCGGACCUGGGAGACUUGGAGCAGCACUCCUCCUUGCCAGCCCUGAAAGAGGAGGGCUUGUCCCGAACCUCCCUGGUCUCCGUGUAUAACAGCUACCCCUAUUACCCCUACCUGUACUGCGUGGGCAGCUGGAGCCCGGCUUUCUGGUAAUGCCAGCUCAGAUGACAACCAUGUAUGAUCAAAAAUUGCCUUGCCCAGGGGGGUCUCUCUGGAAAGCAAAAGGGGCCGAGGUCAGGGAGCAACGGGGAGCCAGAGGUGUGCAGACCAAAGCUGUCGGAGGUUUGCGUGGAAAUCCCAGCGUCCUCAUUGGUGGGCCAAUGACAGAUCUGGGACAGUGAAUGUUUUAAUAUCUGAAUAGUUCCCCCGAUGUGUACUGUAGGUCAUUUUUGCUUUCAGCUACCUGUCUGAAGGGAGAGAAAAUCAAGUGCUGUCUCCAGCACUCUGUGUGAUUCGGGAUGAGUGGUCCAACGGCUCCUGAGGAUCCUGUUUCUGCAGCUCCAACCUCUUGGGGAUCUGAGCAGCAACUCUGAGAGGGCAAACCUAGAGGGAGGAAGGACAGCCAAGACUCGGAUGUCACCUGCUGAGUUAAACUAAAGUUUUUAUUGGCCUUGGAAUAUGGCCAAGGUUUCUCUCUGUCCCUGUAAAAGAGGGGAAACAGAGGGUCUCAAAGAGGAAGCCCUCAUGCUCGGCACAGAUUGGCAUAGGAGAUAGAGCAGGGUGGGAGGAGAUAAAAAUAUCAGCUUCCUAUUGUCCCUUUUAAAAUAGUAUGCCAAUUUAAGUAUUUACAGGGUGGCCUGAAUAGAACAAGAUGCACUCACUGUGGUUUAAGACAAGCUGUAUAAACAGAACUCUAUUGCAAUGGGUGGGGCCAUGCCAGAAGAAUCUCUGCACAUCCAAGACAGGGGCCUAACUCGAGUCUCCACAGUGCUGCUGGGGGCCACUGCAUUUUUAAUUAGCAAAAGGUGGAAUGGCCUCUUCUGAACUGUUGUGUCCUAGGCUGGAGAAUUUAAAACCAAAAGUUUCCUGGAGUUUUCAGGCUAUAAUUCAUACUAUAUCGUGACAGAUGACAUAAUUCUUUACCAUAGGUUCUUCCUUCCCUCCUCUUUUUAUUUUUAUUUUUUAUUUAUCAUUUUUCCUACAGCAAUCACCGCACUAAAGAGCUUCAUUUCAGUCCAGACUUUUAGUCUGGCUACACCUAACAUUCACCUUCCUUAUUUAGCCUGAGAUCUGCUCUUCCCCCCGCCCCGCCGCCCUUCCCCCGCCCCCAAAGCUUUAUCUGUCCUAGGUUAAAAAAGAAAAAAAAAGUAAGGGGGCAGAUUCUGAAUUGGCUAAAAGACACACAUUUUUUCAAACUAGUAACUCUUAUUUCUUUCCUUUAAAAAUAUACAGCAUUAAAUCUCAAAUCCUAUUUAAAGACCUGACAGCUCCAGAAGGUCACUGCUGCUUUUGUAGGACUUUCUGGUGGCUCUGUUGUUACAUUCAAAGUCUGGCUACCCUUGGGAAUCUUUGCAGGCAGGCAGAGGAGGUAAGAGGUAGUGGGUUUUCACAUAGAAGGGAGAACACAGUGCAAAAUGAAGGGCUGGCGUCACUGAGCUGCCUAUAGUGGAAACAGAGGGCUUGGGGUGGGGCAGCCCAGGCCGUGGGGAGCCCACUGACCAAGUGAAGGGGCUGACAGCACUUUGCAGGAAGAGGCUCAGGAAAAGGAAACCAUUUUCAAAACACAACAUUACUGUGGCUUCCAUCAGAAAAUAAAGCAAGAAACUAUCUAAAUGUUUCGGGAACUGUGUUUAAUGCCCAUAAUGGGUCCCCAGUCAGAAUGAGCAGAGAGCAAAGGAGACAUCUGGCUGUCCUUCCCUGUCCAUCCUAUUAUCUCAGGUGACCUGGUUGAGGGGAGACAACGGCAACAAAAAAAUUACUAAUGAGAUAGCCCAAGGCCUGGAAGUCUCUUGAUCCCACUGCUUAUUUCUGUUUAGUGAGAAACUUUCCAAUUUUCUCCUAUAAACAGGGCCAAUUUACUGUUGGUGGCAAAACUGCCAAAGUAAGUAGAUAGAAAGUUGGCCAUUUGCACCCUAUUCUUCCAUGGUUUGGGCUCCGUGUUAAUUAUUGUUCAAUGCCACAUGCUGCUGACACCCACCACAGUACUAGAUAGCACAAAAGGCAGAGUCUCCUAAAUUGCUUUCUCCUUUAUACACAUCUUUUAAAAUAAAUGUUUAGUGCUCAGUCUCUACUCAGUACUGUUUCUCUCUCCACCUCUGAAUUUAAUGCAAUCUGCAAUUCUGUAAGGAUUAAACAUUUUACUGUAGAUUGUGUUGCAAAAAAAAAAAAGUCUUCAUUUAAAAUUAUUUGGUUUGUGAAUCCAUCUUGCUCUUCCGCCGUUGCAACAGUCAUUGACCUAUAUCUGAACUAUAGCAAACCUAUAUCUGAACCUAUAUCAAAAACCACCUGAAGAACUAGUCUGUAUCUGACGGGUGAAUCGGACAGUGUGCUGGACCAUUUCACCCAGACAGCCUGUUUCUGUCCUGAUAAAUUAACCUGGGUUCUCCACAUGCAUAACCAACCCUGCUUGGAUCUGUACAUAAAAGCCUGUGACUUGAAGUUUAGUAAAGUGCCCCCACCAAACUUUAUUUUUCUAUGUAUUUUUUGCAACAAUAAGUGUUUUUAAAAUAAAGUAUCUAUGUCUUUAUCAGA